AUGCUAUCAAAAGAAUUUGAACCACCUUCGCCACAACUACUCAACGAAACAAAACUAUGCAAUGAUGCAUUAAAUUCUCAUAGAAAAGUGUUAAAUGAAAAACUUGCUGUUCUUCCACAUAAUAUUAGAAAAAUGCAAUUAUAUUUACGAUUUAAAGAUAAAUAUGUCACAUAUCAUUCGGUUUUAUAUGGUAAUCGUUUUCCAUGCGUCAGCUAUUUAGUUUCAUAUCGUGAUCAACAUCAACAAACGCAAUAUGGUAAUAUAAUUUUGUUUUAUUCCCACGACAACGUAUAUUACUCAUUGAUACAACAAUACAUUCUGUCUCCUGUUAAAAUAUCUGAUUAUUUAAUGAUUCCAAAUGAACUUAAAUCAAGAAUUGACUCAUUUUAUCCAAUAUGUUAUUUAAGUAAUGAAUUUAUUAUAAUACAAGUUUGUGAUAUUGUCAGUAAAUGUUUAUCUGUAUCAUUUCUGGAAUAUCUUUGUAUUAGUGAAAGACGCAUAAGUUACGAACAUGAUUGA